AUGCGGGCGGUCGUGGCCGGGGGAGUCGCUGUGCUGUGCGCGCUGCUGGUCGCGGUGCUGCCCGGCUGUGUGUCCGAGCUGAUGACGGUGGUGCAGGAGCCGCUCAGAGUCGAGUCUUCCCUGCUGAAGCCAAAGGUUAUGAUCGCCAUUGUGGCUCGCAACGCGGCGCACAGCCUGCCACAUUACUUGGGCUGCAUCGAGAGGCUGGAGUACCCGAAGGAGCGCAUAGCGAUCUGGGCAGCAACAGACCAUAAUGUGGACAACACUACUUCAAUGUUGAAAGAAUGGCUGAAAAGAGCCCAGGGUGUCUAUCACUACGUGGAGUGGCGACCGAUGGACGAACCGAAAUCAUACACAGAUGAGUGGGGUCCGAAGCAUUGGCCUCCGUCACGGUUCAACCAUGUGAUGAAGCUGAGGCAGGCGGCGCUGAAGGCUGCCAGGGAACGAUGGGCUGACUACAUACUCUUUGUAGACAGUGACAACCUGUUGACAAACCCCCAUGUGCUGAACCUGAUGAUGGCUGAAAAGCUGACGCUGGCUGCCCCCAUGCUAGAGUCUCGCUCGCUCUACUCCAACUUCUGGUGCGGCAUCACCCCACAGGGAUACUACAAGCGGACCCCGGACUACCAGCCUAUCAGGGAGUGGAAGCGUCUCGGCUGCUACGCUGUUCCCAUGGUGCACAGCACCUUCCUAAUAGACCUGCGUCGUGAGUCCAGCAAGGAUCUGACUUUCUACCCCCCCCACCCCGACUACAGCUGGGCGUUUGAUGACAUCAUGGUGUUUGCUUUCUCUGCUCGUCAAUCAGGCGUGCAGAUGUAUGUGUGUAACAGAGAACACUACGGUCUGCUGCCCGUCCCUCUCAAAGCACAGCAGAGUGUGGAGGAUGAGAGCGAGAGUUUCAUACACACCAUCACGGAGGCUUUGAUUGACCACGACAUUGAGCCCUCUGAGCAUCUGCACUCUCAGCCGUCGCCACAAGACACCAUGGGCUUUGAUAAAAUUAUCCUGGUUAACCUGAAGCGCCGGCUGGACAGAAGAACCAGGAUGUUGAAAACAAUGUCUUCGCUGGGUUUACACACCGUGCUGGAAGAAGCAGUGGACGGCAAGGCUCUCAAUUCAUCCCAGCUUCAGGCGCUAGGAAUAGAGAUGAUGCCGGGAUACAAAGACCCUUACUCUGGUCGAGUCCUGACCAGAGGGGAGAUCGGGUGCUUCCUCAGCCAUUACUCUAUAUGGAAGCAGGUGGUGGAGAAUGGCAUCCCAAAAGUUCUUGUUUUAGAGGACGAUGUGAGGUUUGAACCUAGAUUUAAACGACGAAUCCAGUCCAUCAUGGAUGAUGUAGACAAAACCCAGCUGGAUUGGGACCUCAUCUACGUGGGCCGUAAGCGUAUGCAGGUGCAGCAGCCAGAGCAGUCUGUGGACGGCGUGAACAACCUGGUGAAGGCCGACUACUCCUAUUGGACGCUCGGCUACGCGCUCUCACUGCAAGGAGCCAAGAAGUUACUGGAUGCUAAACCCUUGUCGAAGAUGCUGCCUGUCGACGAGUACCUCCCUGUCAUGUUCAACAAACACCCCAACACUGCGUUCAUGACUCACUUCGAGCCUCGGGACCUGAAGGCCUUUUCCGUGGAGCCGUUGCUCAUCUACCCCACGCACUACACCGGAGAGCCGGGCUACUUCAGCGACACGGAGACCUCCACCAUCUGGGACGACGAGGCAGUGGAAACAGACUGGGACCGGCAGCACGCCCUCAAGACGGCCCAGCAAGGCAGCAUCGAGGCCAUGGCUCAGAACAGCGUCAGCGGAGACAUGCCCCCCCCCGCAGCCCGAGCAUCCCGAGACGAACUCUGAUACACUGACUCAGAGAGAAAGACUCGUGUUUACUACGCCGUGUACACACAGUGAAUUUCACUUCUCACACACACUUGAAAAGACGCUUGAACUGCAAGCUGACUUACUGUACAUUCAUUCAAACACACACACUGACUGGUGGAUAAAGCAGAGUGAAGAUGUCAAUCUGCUCUGCGGCCCGAUGAAGGGACACUGGGGAGAAGAAGAAGAAGAGGAGAUUCUGGGAUGAGGGCCAGCAGGCCUCAGACAAAAAGCUUUAUUUAUUCUCCACUUGCCUCCUCUGGGCAUGUGGAGACAUUUAUAACCCGGGAAAACUUAAGCAACACAUGGAAGACAGCUAACGUUAUAUGCAGGAUGUCAACGACAGAAAAAAAUUCUCCCAAAUCAAUUAUAAUGUUUUUUAACAAAGAUUAUUGUUAUUUAAAAAGAACAAAUGUGUUUUUUUUUUAAUGGGCAGCUGAAGAAUAAAGGAAUCUUAAAGCUGUCUGAAAAAAGUGUGUGUGCAACUGUGUAAAUAAGGGUCUGUGUAUGUGUGUGUUUAAGUGAGUUUGCACGUGGACAUAAUGCAUGUGUUUACCAAAGAGAACAUGUGUGGGAUGAGGGAAGCUGACAUACUGGACCCAAGUGUCACUGCCCCAGAUGAUGUCUCUCUCUCUCUCUCUCUUUCGCUCUCUCUCUCUCUAAUGGAUGGUAUUAAACUCAGUGUUUCUGUCUGAUAUUUCCCUUGCACAGCGGGCUGGUCCUGAUAAUUAGCAUUUAAAUCUUCAUCCUUACAUUACACGUAGCCUGCAGGAUGUAUGACAUGCAAUAUUGUGCACUUUAGGCCCCCUGCUUUCAGAAUGUAUGUGUUAAAUAAUUGUAGAUAAAGUGGAUUAUUGAAUUAUUCAUGUCCUCGACAAGGGCUGUUAUUAUUUUAGUUGUGGUUUCGGGCUGAACUAAUAAAACAUCUUCUCUGUUA